AUGGUUGAUCAACCGAGUUCGUCGAAAAACGGGAAGUUAGCCGGUGUUUCUAGCGAUGCAAUCGUAGCAGAUCUUUUGAAAGAUGUCGGAAGCUUGUCAGAGGUUUUUAUAAAUAUUAGACAAGUUAAUUAUUUGUUAUUUAUUUCAGCCUUUCUCAUUUGAAAAUUUGACCUCUUCUCGCAAAAACGACGAGGAUGAUGACGACGAAAAAGACAAGAAGAAGAAAAAACACAAACAUAAGCACAAACACAAGUCAAAGAAAAAGAAAAAGAAGCACGAAAGGGACAGAUCGAAGGACAGGGAAAAGACGAAAGAGAAGAAGAAGAAAAAGUUGGGGGAUUGAGAGGAUAUUUGUAGCAUAAUAGUUUUUUACAGAUCAAAGAGCCGAAGCAGGAGCUCAAGUCGGUCUUCUGCAGCCGUGCCGACAACUUCCAACGGCCUUCCAAACACUGCAGAAGCAACUGUUCCAAAGAAAAGUGUCCUGGAGGAGGAGGACGACGACCUCGAGCUCCCAGUUGGUGCCGACUAUCGGAGCGUCCUCAAAGAGGCCAAAAUGUCGAUUAAUAUCAAAUCGAAGCUGCCUCCCCUUGAACUGUGUGGGUCUUAUUUUAAAGUAACAUAUCAUUUCCAGAAAGAAGAAGUACCUUUUUUCAUUUAGAAUAAAAUAUUGAAUUAAAAUUAACUGUCUUCUUCUUAACUUGACCUUUCAGAGAAAAAUUGGAUUUAUUUAUCAUCCUCAAACCGAGCGUAUGGAAAAAGUAUAUGAUGAGUCGAUUUCUAGUGGAAAAUUCUAGGAUACUUAGUUUUUUUCUUGAUAAAUACUGUGAUUUUUAGCCAAAUUACCUUGCGAUCCAAACGUUCGCGAAAUCCCAAAGCAAGAAAUUGUGCCACUAACCAAGGAUGAUUCCAACGAGAAAAAUACUUCGGAAAUUUUAGCAAAGGUGAAUUUGUUAAUUAAUUUCCCCUUCAAAUUCAUUUUUCCAGGUUAUCGAAGCCAAAGGAAAAGGCGAUUUUAUUCCGAGAAAUGUGAAGAUUAAAUCUGUUGAGAAGGCAGAAAAAGCAAAAAUCGAAGAGAAAGAGUGCGGAAAUCUGAACGAAUUUCAUGAUUUUUAUCUUUUUAGGCCCCAGGAAACAAAGAUCAACGGCAAAGUUGAAGAAAAGUUGGUUUUACUUUCAAAGUAUUGUUGAGAAAUAUUUCUUUCAGAACCAAUGUGCAGGACAUCGAAGUCAGUGAAGUUGAGGACGGAUAUGCGUCGAAAAAUGGGAAAAAUAUUGUUAGAACCUUUCACUUUUAUCAGAAGAAAUAAUCAAUAAUCAUUAAGUUUUAAGGAAUCCGAAAAAGUUGAGAAAUCUGACGAGGAAGACAAAAAGAAAAGAAAAAAAAGAGAUCCAGGUUUUGAAUGAGGACAGAAACCAGGAAAACAGAAACUUUUUUUAAGAGAAAGAGAAAAAGAGUUCUAAGCGAGCCAGAAAUUCAAGAACGAGGAACGAGAGCCCGAACACGGACGAUGAAAUAAAGGAAAAGUUCGUCUUUCUUUCCAUUUAUUUUCAAUCUUUUCCGUGUGGAACCGUCAAAUUUCACAAAUUCACUGUAUUUUCUUUUUGCGUUUUCUGCACAUUCUGUGGUGUCAUUUCGAGUCAUAGAUGGGCUAGUGCAGAGCUCAUUCUGCCCGGGAGAAGAAGUUGGCUCACUGAAAUUUUGGAAAAUUUGGAAUAACAUCAAGUUUCAACAUCAGGGAGGUAGUUUUGGCCACAAUCAUACAAGUUUUGGUCUCAGGAAGGUUUUAACUUUAGUUUAUAAAAAAACUCGGGAGGAGGGGUUGGCGGCCUUUGAAAUGAUCUGCCCAUGUAUGUUUCGAGUUUUUGAUGUUUUUUUAUGCUUAUGCAACUUUUUUCAAGGAUCCGAAAAAGGAAGGAUGAAAAAUCGAGAAGUCGUAGCAGAGACCGGAGGAGGAUCUCGCCGGACAGGUUAAUAAACUUAUUAUUUGUAGAAUUUCACUGUACUUUUUGAAGUAUCUUAGUAAUAAUUUCUUUUUGUUUUGAGCUGUAAUUUACAAAAAAAGAAAGCUCGAGUAUUUUAUGUUUUUUUUUGUUUCUAUCAAAUUGAAUAGAUCCGAACAAUUAUUUCAUUUUUCUAACUUUCGCUCUUUUUUUAUUCGAUUUUUUUCUCCAGAUGGGAAAAAAGGAAACGAAGUCCGAUCAGAUCCUCCUGGAGGAGAACGUCAAGGUCUAGAAGUCGCGACCGAAGGAGCCGGAGCCGUUCACGAAAUCGAGAUCGAAAAGCGAGUCCCCCAAGGAGAUCAGAUCGACGUGGCCGCUCUCGCAGCCGAAGUCCUUACAGGAACUUCUUGAGGUGGUUUCCUUCGAAUAAACUGGAAUUUAUAUUGUUUUUUUCUCAGAAGAAGAUCCCGCAGCGACGACCGACGCAAGGACUCGAUUGACAAGAAUCGGUUGCUGGAAAUCGCCAGGAAGAAGGCCCAGAAGAUGCAAAUGGUGAUUUUUUCUUUUCAGUGGUCACUUGAAGGAGGCUUUCUUUCAGAAUCUUGAAUCGUUUUUCGAACUAAAUUUGCUUUUCGUUUCAGUUAGGAUUGGAUGACCGAAGGAAUCUGCCGAGCCAGUCGAUCGAUGACUUCGUUUGUUAGUUUUUCAAAAUUUUUUUGUUUGAAAGAAACUUCUUGGAAGUUGAUUUUGUGUUGAUUUUUUUUACUUCAAUUACGUGAAUUCUCUAGCCUUCGGUCUUCACUUUGAAAUAGUUCAGCUAUUAAAUUAUAUUCCCGACUAUUGUAUUGUCUUUCUUCGAAAUUUUGCCAUUGAUUUAAAAAUGUUCUAGCUUGGUUUUAUUUUCAUGCUUUUGAAAACUUCUGGUCUCUAACUACAUAUAUUUUUUGAUUUUGAAAGUUCCUGGCUUCUUUUUCAUUAUUAUUUUUCCAGCCUACUGUCAACGGAUACAGAAGCGACAGGAAAAAGAGGCCAGGAGGGAAAAGGGAGAAGCGGUCAGCAGCGGAGAAGACAGCGAUGACGGCGAGAUGCACUUCAAACACCCCUAUCCAUUGCCAAAAACUGAACCCAUCCGAAUCAACAUCAUGGUUCAAACCUCCUAUGUGGUUUUUCGAACGAAAAAGCAGCGUUCAGAGCGCUGCGACGUCUUCGAACUCGACCCAGAAAGCCAUCACGGCAAGCGAAGAAGUUCUGGACCACACGAAAUUGCGCCUGGUUUUCCCGGUUUCCUCUGGAGUUGUCCACAAGGAAAGCACGGUUUGAAGACUUCUUAGAGAAGAAACUCAAAGAAUGAUACGAAUUUGAGGAAUGGAAGCCGAUUCUGAAGGAUGAGACAGUCCUGAAAAGCUGUACGAACGAGCAGAAGAGCCACGUGGCGAUGACGAGUCUCGAGGCGGAAAAGUGCAAGCAAAUGGGCCUCGUUAGUCUUUCUUCGAUCGAGUUCGACCAAUUUUGACUUUUUCUUCAGCCUGUCGCGUUGCCGGCGCCCAUGGCUCCGCUGCUCUCGGCGAUCCUGCCUCCACCGCCACCUCCGCCCAAAUUUGUCCGUUUUCCUUUGGGAAUUUCCAUUUGUUGAUUUUUGUUGAUUUAUAGUAUUCAUUUUCAUUUUUCCUUAUUAUGGCGCAGAGCGUGAGUUUGUGACGGAACCAGGUCUUGCUAAGGUUGCGUAACUUUUUUUUUCAAACUGGUUUGACGCAUGUUUGGGAUAAAGGCAGUGCUAACAGGGAAGGUCAUUUUACUUUGCGGUUGGGAAUUUAUUGGGAAUCGGCCAGAAGUCAAGGGCUCAAAGUCACAAAUUAGCGUAUUUAAAUAUAUUUUGAGGGUUUUCUUUGAAUUUUAUGUGUCCUUUUUCAAAAAAUAAAAAUUUGAGCAGAUCGGGAGGUUCAGGAUCUUCAUCUGGUACACAAAAAAAUGUUCUGACCAAUUUUUAGGACUCUUCCGACCGUAAAUAAAUUGAUCUUCCUUGUUAGACGGUCACGUCUUGAACAAGCAUAAAUGUUAAUCGCUUUUUUCAUCGUAUUUUCCCACAGUUCUAAUUUUUUUAGUUACCCGAACCUUCGAUGGCCUUCCAACGGCCUUUGACGCCACCACCUCUGCCGCCAGUUCUGUACGUUCCACCGAAGGACCAUCAUAUUCUCACCGAGCCUGAUGAGCUGAGCGAUGUGAGGAAAAGGACGAAAGAGUCAAAAUUUUCCAUUUUUUGCAGCCCCCACCCGGCGACCUGACCUUCGUUCUGAAACAGAGAGCCGACGCCCAGAAACGGCUUUCCAGAGACCCCAAUGAUUUUGGGGCGCUGCGUGAAUUGAAAGAUGCUAACGAGCAGGUUUUCCUUGGAAAAUUCAUGGAAAAAAACAAAUUUUUUAGAUGGCAACAUGGGCGGCGUUGAAAAGCCUUCCCGGAAAGUUCACCGGCUCCACCGGUGUCAAUAUUUUGAAGCCGGAGGAGCUUCAGCCACAUGAUCCACGAUAUCAUGCGUGGGUCAAGAAGGUACAGUGUUACAAGAACUAGAAAUUAUUUCGUGUUGUUGUUGAUUUGUAUAAACAUUUUGUGAGGUGAUCCCCAGAGAGGUGUCGUCCUUUCUUGUCCUCCUACGACAGAAAAGAAGGCGAUAUCGCAAAAGUGUCAAUUUUGGGACUUGUCAAUUUAGGAAGGUGGAUUCGAAAGAUUUUCAAGUUUGCGAUAUCGUUCACCAUGUUGGGUGACUACUUAUUCGGAAUUUUUUUCCACUUUUCUCAAAAUUCCAACCUAAAGCGCUUUCAGUUCCAUUAUCAAUUAUAUUUUUCUUCUAGAACGAGUUUAUGGAGAAAAUUUAAGAGCCGUUCGAAAUUUUUCUUAUUGAGUUCAAGAAAAAAUUUUUUAUUUUCCGAUAAUUAUUUUCCAUGAAACUUGUAAUUAGGAGCGAAGAUAAUUAUAUAGGGGAACUGAAGGGAAAGGACGACAUCUCCCUGCAGGUCUGAAGGCUCUGUUUCUUCGUCUGAGCGGCGCUGAUGACUUGAUUCGUCGUCCCAUCCCCGAGCAACGUCGACAUUGUCCCCACCGACCCCCGAAUUCGAUUCGGAAACGUGAGCUUCGUUGAAAUUUUGUUCAUUGAUUGAGAAACAUCUCAUCCAAUGAACUCCAUUUCAACGAUGAUCUCAUCUCACUUUAUUUCAGGGGAUUCGCGGCGGUAUUUGGACUUCAGUUUUAUUUCGGAUAUGAGCUGCGCGAUGUCGCGAAAAAGCUCAGGACAGCGUUGCUAAUAUUAAAAUGAUAACUUGGGAAAAAACCUUGGCGGCAUCGCGUUGUUCUUUUUGAUUCAGUUAAAAAUUGAUUUGAUUCUGUUAAAUUGAUUAUUUAAUCGGAAAAAUUGUUGCGGACUUCAAAAAUUUGAACGGAAUUUUCAGUCUAUUUUGGAAACCCAAGCCGUAAAUUUGAAGUUUUUAAGUUUUUCUGCGAUUUUUCUUCCAGAGACAAUUUCAAAUCCAAAUUUAUUUCAUUAUUUUAAAAUCAAACUUCCUGAAAUUUCGAGAAGAGCGAUCAGCUUCUGCCAGAUUAUUUGGAGAAUAUCUUUCCUAUUCAUUCGGCUGUUCAUUUUCCAACUUCACGAUUUCAGGACAUGUUCAAGAAUGCGCAGCCAACGACCGGCGGCGUCGGCAUGCGAAUGUUGCAGAAAAUGGGCUGGAAGCCCGGCGAAGGACUUGGCAAAGAGGCGACCGGCAAUAUUGAACCGCUGAUGCUUGAUGUGAAAAGCGACAGAAAAGGUAUAAUUCUGAAAAAAUGGAUCCCAGCGAAAUUCAAUAAUUGUCAGGCCUUCUGGCUGAAGAGGAGAUGCCGGCCGGAAAACGAUCGAAAAUCGCCAACGUCGGAACGGCUGAUCUGACUGGUGAAUUUUGCUCUCAUUUGGUUAUCUGAUUAACUUUUCAGGAAAACAUCCCGUUUCUUUGCUGAUGGAACUGUGCGCAAAAAGAAAGUGGCCCAACCCGACCUUCACUUGCCAAGAAUUCGGCCCUUCGAACUGCAAGGAGUUCCUCUGGAAGGUGAAUUAAUAAAGCUUCUGCUAAUCAUCAAGAAAAUGAUUUUAAGCAAAAAAAAUUGUUUUUCUCAUAAUCAGUCCAAAUUGCAAAUAAGCUGUUAAAAAGGCGCAGAAGGUGUAUUUUUAUCCCUUGUGAACAGAAAUCAACUUUUUUUAAAGCGUGAAGAAUAUCAGAAACUUUGCAGGUGGUUGUCAAUGGAGUAGAGUAUCAACCGGUGAACGGUUCUCGUGUCAAGAAGGACGGAAAAUCGGUGGCGUGUCAGGUUAACGUGACGAAAGUACCUUGGAAUUGAUCAACUAUCCACUUCAGGUCGUUCUGCAGUCGAUGGGGCUGAUUCCGCGCGACCCCAACCUUCCGGUGGUUCUGUGA